AUGAACGUCGGCAACCGCGAGCAGCAGUUCCGGCUCUGGUUCGACCCCACCAAGGACUUCUACACUUACUCCGUCGAAUGGACACCUAAGAACAUCAUAUUCCUCAUCGACGGCACGGCGAUCCGCGUGUACAAGCACGAGCCAUCGCGCGGCGGGACGUUCCCGACGCAGCGGCACAUGCGGCGGGACGGGAGCCUGUGGUACGCCGACGACUGGGCGACGCAGGGCGGCCGUGUCAAGACGGACUGGACGCACGCGCCGUUCUACGCCUACUACCGCAACCUCCGCGUGACGCCGUGCGCGCCGUCAUCGUCCCCAGCCGGCGUCGCAUUGUGCAGCGAUGAGGCACCGGCGUCGGCGGCGCUGCAGAAGGUGCGAGCGGAGCAUCUGCUCUAUGGCUACUGCGAGGAUCAGAACCGGUUCAAGGACACGGGGCUCCCCAAGGAAUGUACCGCAGACUAG